UAGAUAUUGUGCAGUGCAUCUAGAAACCACAUACCAACUGUAACUGGUCUUAAAUUGACCCCUGCCAUAACGAAGCAAACUCCAAGAACUCAUAGACAAUGGCUCAUUUUGGCCAAAAACCUAUAAUCAUCACCUACAGCCAAACCUGUGCUGCUGUCUCUCCCUCUUCUGAUUUUUUUCCACCAGAUUUGCAUGCCAGGCCAUUGGAGUGAUUUAAACAGUAGUGCAGAUGGAGGUUAAUUUGCCUGCAAUACAAGGAAAAACACGAAGCCAAGCAGGUAAACCCUCACUACUCUCUGUCCCCGGCUGCAGAGGUUGAGACGCUGAGCUUGCCUGGAUCCAAAGGUUCUACCAGGAAGCCGAGAUGGGAAUAAAGGAAAUGUUCAACUUGGCCCGGGUGCCCUCCAUCCUCAUGCUCGGGGUGGUUUACGUGACCUAUGUGCUGAUCGGCGGAGUGGUUUUCUGGAAGUUGGAGGGAGAUCUCGGACAGAAGGACAUCAGUGUUUUACUGCUGACCAAAGAACAGGUGCUCAACACAUACAAAUGUCUGAACCAAGAAGGCUUGGAGUCAGUGGCUCAGGUUGUUCAAGCUGCAUCUAAGGUGGGCCUAAGUUUUAAAGGCAACAAAACUGCGGACGGCUUCUGGAAAUUCACCAGCUCAGCUGUGUUUGCUGCCACCGUGGUCACAACUAUAGGUUAUGGAAACAUAAGUCCCAGGUCUACUGCUGGCCAGAUCUUCUGUGUGUUCUUCGCACUAUUUGGUAUUCCGCUCAACAUGGUGGUGCUCAACAGAGUGGGCAAGUACAUGCUUGCUAUUGAGAGGAACAUCUCCGACUUCCUCGAGGGGAAGACUGGGCGAAGGAAGUGUACCCGCUUUUUUGUCCACCUGGUGUCUUACCUGUCUGGAGCAGUGCUCUUCUUUGUUGUACCCAUGAUUGUGUUCCAAAUGCAAGAGGGCUGGGACUUGUCCCAGGCCAUCUACUUCUGCUUCAUCACCCUCAGUACUAUCGGCUUCGGAGACUUUGUGGCAGACAGUAAUCCAGACAAAGUAUACCCACAGUGGUACAGCAUCCUCAUGGCCUCGUGGAUCUUCUUCGGCCUGGCCUGGCUGGCCCUCCUCAUCAACCACUCCAUGGACAUCCUGGAGCGGCUCAACACCCACUUAAAACAGCUCUGGGGUGGACGGGGGCAGGAGGAAGCGUCUGGCAGUGCAGAGGUUGACAACCCAGAUACACAGGUGGAGGAGGAAGAUGAGAUCAAGAAGGCUCCAAUAACUCAGGAAACUGAAGUAAUGUGAAGAUUUCAGUGAGCUGACCUAGUUAUAGAAUGAUCUGUCUGUCAACAAGGACAUGGAAAACAGGCAUAAUUGAUGGGAUAUGGCUAAGCCAUGGCUGUGUGUGUGUGUGUGUGUGUGUGUGUGUGUAUAAUAAGACUGCAAAUGUUGAGAGUCUGUGAUGAUUUAUUAUCUCACCGAGCAAUGGUUUGAUCCCUUUCUGCCCCUGAAAUAUGGACAAUUUUUUGUUGAGUCAGGUUUGUUUGUUUGUUUGACGACAUGCAACAUCUACAUGCUGUUUUGUCUGUUAGCACUCUUCACUCCUGUGAUGGUUAAUCUGAUUUGUUUAAAAAAGUCCUUUGAGAUUAAAUUCUGGAAAAGAUACUAGGUCAACACUUACUUUGCCCCAUGUAUCUAUCUGUGGAUUAGUGGUCAGUAGAAAACAGCAGUCAGUCAGCCUGUGGCUCUGUGGCCUCUCAGUCUCAGUGUGUUGCUCACCACACUGACCACAAACCAACCAGGGUCAUUGUGCAUUCACCGGCUGAGCCACAGUCAACUGAAAAUACAUGUGAUUUGUUUUGCAUAUUCAAAAGUACUUGAAUGACAUUGAAGGCAUUAAGCUGUCUCUCGGUUUACUGUACCAUGACCUGUUGAAAAUAACAUUCAACUAUACGAGAAUCAGAGAUUUAUUAUCAAUGUAUUUUAAUGCAAGCUAAUUGGGCUAAACAUUCUUUUUUUAUAUAAUUUGUUUAUGUUGCACAUUUACUUUUAUUUCCUUCCAUUUUAAAGCAAUAUGAAAUUGUAAAAAACAAAGAUAGUAAUAUGAAAUCAGUUGUAGACGACACUGUCACACAAUAAUAACAUGCUAACAACUAAUAUCUAAAUAAACUAAAUAUUAUUAUACUAUAAUUUUAAUACUGGAGACAUUUUAUAUUACUACAACUUUUCUUUUUAAUGUUUACUUAUUUAUUCUUGUCCUAUUAGG